UUAUGACAACAUUACACGGUCACAUGUCUAGCUAUUGUGCUUGAUAUUAUUGGACUAGUUGCCCCUAGUCUCUGGACUACUUAGUCAACAUUCAACUUUUCUUAAUUUUGGGAGGGAAAAAAAGAAAAUGCGAGUUUACCACUAGAACAACGUUCAACAGUUGAAGUUACAACUUAGCUUACGAAACAGCGGAAAUUAUACGCCGAGGAAAAAUGGUGUGGAAGGGUUGUACUCCGUACAGCGUGUACGUCCUACUGCUUCUGCUGUUUGCAUACCUGUUCAACCAACUUGACCGCUACAUGCUGGCCAUUACGGCCAAACCCAUGGCUCAGGACAUUCACUUUGGUGACCAGGCCUGCAUGCUGAACACAUCAUACACUGACAAGGAUCUGGAGGGACGAAAGUGCAAUGGUACUUCUUCAGACACAUGUUCAUCAAUAGAAGUGAAUGGCACGGAGCACAUCUGUAAAUGGGACUACAACGGCCAGGGUUACGAGUACCAGGCAGUAGCUGGUCCAGUCUUUACCCUGGUCUACACCUUUGCGGGCAUUUUCAUCGGGUUUGCCGCUGACCGCUACAAUCGCAAGAUACUGCUGGCUAUCUGUCUGAUAUUCUGGUCAGUGAUGACAGUAUUGACCGGAGCUAUCAACACGUACUGGCAGUUGGUCAUUCUCAGAUUUGGCCUGGGGUUUGGGGAAGCCGGCUGCACCCCGUUUGCCACGUCACUGAUUGCUGACUACUUUGAGGAAGCUACUCGGGGUCUAGCCUUGGGGGUCUACAACUGGGGUAUUUACACUGGCUACAGUCUGUCUUACGCACUCGGCAACAAAAUUGUGGAGUUCAAUAUACUGGGCCAGAGUUGGCGCUGGGCAUUUUAUUUGUGUGGAGCACCAGGUGUACUUCUGGGCUUGGUUAUAAUACUGUCACUCAAAGAACCCUUACGCCCUAAUAAGGCUUUGGGGAGUGGCCAUCUACAGACUGUUGAGGGCGGAGUUUGCCACAAACUGGCAUCAAUUCUGAAGCCGUUUCUGAGUCCAUCGCUGAUCAUGCUGUGCAUAGCUGGGUCUAUCAGGAAUGCAGCUGGAUAUGUGUGGGCCUACAACACACAGCCUUACUUCCAGGCCAUUCAGCAAACCCCGGACCAGAUUGCCACCUAUAUGGGAUGGAUUCCUCUGGUGGGAGGAAGUUUGGGUGUGGUCGCUGGCGGCUUUAUCUCGGACAGGAUAGUCAAGAGGCGGGGACUUUACGCCAGAGUUUUUGUCUUAGUUGUUAGUCAGAUUUGCGCUGCUCCUUUUGCAGCGGGUACUUUAUUUUUUGACCCACCUUAUGGAUACAUCUGCCAAAUACCAACAUACUUAUUGGGUGAAAUGUGGGUGGGGGUCACCUUGGCCGUGGUGGUGGAGUUAGUGCCCUCGUCAAUCAGAGCCAGUGCAGUCGCUGUCUACCUCUUCAUCAUCACAAAUAUAGGAGGUGCUCUACCCCUUCUGGUUCCACCUCUUCAGCAGGCUUUUGAGGCACAAGGGAAUAGCAAAGCUGCAGCUCUGCGAGAUGCUCUCUACAUCUUGUACCCGGGUCUUUAUGUGGGAGGAUCAGUCCUUUUCCUUCUUACCAUGUUUUUACUGAAAAGAGAUCAACGAAGGAUGCAGCAAAGCGAAUAUCAACCUAUUGACGGAACGAGCAAAGGGGAAUAACUCAGUCACCUAAAUACUCACUAUAAACUCAUUGUUGUCUCCCCUACAUGCUCAAGUUGCCGUAUAUUGCAUACAGCUUGGGCUGAUCCUCACUUUACCUUCAACUGGGAUGAUUAUUCUGCAGAAUUGCGGUUUAAAAAACCUUUCUGAAAUCAAUACUGGUGCUAGAAGCUCAACCAGAUGCUCUACACAUUGGUUACAUACUGUAUGUUCAACCUUUCUAUGAAGUCAUGGUGUCUCAAGACUUACACCAAUAAUGUAAUAAAAGAAGUUUCACACCAUUUAGACAUCCUACACUGAGAGUCAUGUCAUUUUACAUAAAGCACCAGGGUGUACUGUACAUGUAUAAGCAGACAAGCUGCCUACCUCAUUUCGUAGUAUUAAAUAAUAAUUUAUCUGUAAGGUUUUUGUAUAAUGUUACGUGAACAAAAAUGACUGCAAUCAUAAAGAUAUCCCUUCUCUAAAAUAUGCAAGAAUUCAAUGAAUACAGUGUUUUUAGUGUAAUAGUUUACACUCAGCAUGCAUGUGAGCUUAAGACGUUGAUCGGCUCAACUCAACUGGUCAUACUCAGUUGUUCCCGUCACUGAUGGACUUUGGGUUGAACUGGUAAUGACUGGAGGACAACUCCUGUUUAGUGGUAUCGUUAUAUGGCAUAUACGAGAGUUUUAAAUUGAUGAAGAGCCUCAGUGUGGCCAGAUGUUGAUGGAUGGACAGUCGUGUGAUUACAAAAGCAAACUGAUGGAUGCAUAAAUAAUAGUGACAAAACAGUGGAAGACAAGUUGCAAUGAACACUUCACAAGUUCAUGUUUACAUUAAAGCAAGCAAAGAUAGAACCAUGUCAUUAAGUAAUGUGAAUUUAAUGAGUGAGUAGAUUUCUAGACACUACACUGUACAUACAGUAAAUGACCUAAAAUUUCGCCCAAGACUAAGCUGUAGAUUUUACUUGAUUCUGAGUUCUGUUGAUCUUAGGAAAGGUCUCACACACAUACACAGGUUGUACACAGGUUUGCUUUGGAAGGUAGGAUGAUCUUCGGCUGGAAAAAUGCGAGUUUUAACAGCAAAAGUAAUAUUUUGUGACAUUUGUUUGCCUAUGAAAUGCAAAACUACGGGGCAAAAUUUUAGACCAAUUACUGUAGGUGUCUAUGCUGACUAGAAACUGGACAAUGUCUCAAGCUAAGACACGCCAGUAAUAUCAUGCCAAUAUGCUGUUUUGUAUUGUUCAGACCCUGUCUUUUUUUUUUUGUGUGUGUCGAAUUCCAUUUAGGAAUGUACUCUUACUGGCUAAAUUUUUUUUUAUGACAGAAGACUUAUGAAAUGCAAAACACCUCUAUUUGCUCAAAUUUUGUACAUUCCACAAAUGGUGGUACCGUUUUAUACUGUAAUAUAUAUAUAUAUAUAUAUUUGAAAAAAAAUCACUAAGAUUUGUGUAAACAUAUUUAAAUGAAUUGUUAUGGCGUGCAUGUAUCUUACAUCAAGAACAUUGUAUGUAUAUGUAAUACUUCGUUAGUUCUGUAUGAUUCGCACAAAGAUCAGAAGUGUCAAGUGA